AUGGCCUCAAAAGCAGCAGCAGCGGCCGUUGACUUCGCUCGCGUUUACUCUUCGCUGGGUCUCUCUAAGGAGACCAUUGCGUCCCUCCAGGCCUUCCGCAAGCGGCACGCGGACGCCCAACGCAUCCACGCACAAUACGCCUCGCAACCAACAACUCUUGAUCUCGAGCACUACCGCUCUGUGCUCAAGAACAAGGCCGUCGUGGACGAGGCCGAGAAGAUCCUCCGCGAGUUCAAGCCUGUCACGUACGACGUGAGCACGCAGAUCAAGGCGAUUGAGACUUUUGAGGCGAAGGCGGUCGUAAAGGCGAAGGAGACUACGGAAAAAAUCGACAUGGAGUUGAAGGAUCUCCAGGCAACACUCGCCAACAUUGAGGAUGCUCGUCCCUUCGAGGAUCUGACGGUGGAGGAAGUCGGCGAGGCGCACCCUCGCAUCGUACAAACCGUCGAGACCAUGAUGAAGAAGGGCAAAUGGACCGUUCCGGGCUACAAGGAGAAGUUCGGAGACCUUUCCCUCAUGUAA